AUGUUAGUGGUAGAGCAAGUGCCUAGAAAACUUUACAUCAAACUAUACACCAAGGAGAAGUGUUUACUGAUGACCUUGUAUACAAAGAAAGAAAAAGCAUUGGAUGAUGUCACUGAUAUAGUAGAAGAUAUUUAUGUACAGACACCUGUGACACCAGCACCCACAGUUCCCACUGUCCCCACCCAGCCACCUGCUGUGGUCACCACCAGAGGCUUGAACAAUAACGUUAUCCCAACUACGCCACCAAGACACUGUGGGUUCAACAAUGGAGGCUGCACCCAGGUCUGUAAUAUGAUGUCACAAACCGUGGUGUGUAGCUGCCAUACUGGCUACCGUCUCCUCAUGGAUGGACGAUCUUGUGUUGCCAUACGCUGUACAGAUCCAGGCACGCCACAGCACGGCCGGAGAAGUGUGAAUGGCCUUGAAGUGGGCGGAGAAAUCCAGUUUGAGUGUCUGGCAGGGUACAGACUGACUGGGAAUAAUGUUGUACGAUGCACAGCUGAUGGUACCUGGAGCUCCGAAAAUCCAACUUGUGAAGCUAUACGCUGUACAGAUCCAGGCACACCACAGCACGGCCGGAGAAGUGUGAGUGGCCUUGAAGUGGACGGAGAAGUCCAGUUUGAGUGUAUGGCAGGGUACAGACUGACCGGGAAUAAUGUUGUACGCUGCACAACUGACGGCACCUGGAGCUCGGAAAAUCCAACUUGUGAAGGUUAA